GGGGCUGAUGGCAUCGGGGUUGUCCCUCCACUUCUAGCUACAGGCCUAUGAGAGCUCAAGAUUUCCCUUGUCAGGUGCUUGUUAAAUCUCCAAGACUUGCAAAUUACUCCUCAGAAAGCUUAGCAGGAAAAGGAGAUGGACAGAGUAGCCUUGGGGCUUUCCUUUUGUAUUCCAGGAGGAAUUUUGGGGUAGUAUCUCUGUGGUUUUUUUGUGUAACUUCACUGUGGUUUGUCUUCUCUGGGUUUGUGUUUACAACAUGAGUUAAACUAAACCUGUGUUUUUUAAACUUGCUAUGUAGUAUUGAUGCUCAGCUUAAAACAAGUAAUUUUGAUAUAAUUACGUCCAAAACAAGCUAGCCAGCAUAAUCUGCUGUAGUGACCAUCAAAGGAUUUUAUGGAUUCAACUCAGAACCCUGCAUCAUUUUAAAUUAAUUUUUGUUAACCUUGUGCCAUUUCUGCAUGUGGACAAAGCCUAAUUUAUAUGCACAGCAGGGCCUAAGAACCAGACAGCGAUUUUAGUCUAGACCCCGCUUUUAUUACGUGAUUUUCUUUAUGUAUGCCUUUGCCUUCUUCUCUUCUCUCUGUCUUUUGUCAGUAACUGUUUUCAAUUAUCAAUUUUUAUCUUGUCUUUCUGCACUCGCUUGCACCCCAUGACAUUUCCCAGCACAGGGCUGUUUCUCUAACGAAUCCGGCUUCUCUCUGACUGGACCAAGCUGUUUAUUCCUGCCUUGGGCAGGAGACUCCAGCACCGGAUUGCCCUGAACUGAGGCAUGGAGGUGGCAGCUCUCUCUGUGCAGGUGAAGGCGGCGGUGUCUGCUCUGUUCUUGUGUUCAGUCUCUGGGAAGGAAUAUAGUUAUCGAGUUAUCGUAGCAGCCUCUUUACCACAACCUGAUUUCUCACUUACCGCUUCCUGCCAGAAUACGAGUUCAUCGCCUCAAGUUACUUUGGGAGAGCAAACAACAUAGAGCUUGUUUGCAACCUCAAAUUGUCCCAGCUUUGAUGUUUUGAGCCCUGUGUCCUCAUAAAUGUUGGGGCUCCUGUUCUUUCUGGCAUGCCAUCCAUCAGGGCAGCAGCUUCCUGCAUCUGCUGAGAGCUCCAUUUAUCUACAAACUCCCAAGCAAUUAAUCUUAUUUCAUUAAAAAAAAAACCCACCCCAAAACAAACAGACAACGUGCUUUCUACUGGCUCUGGGAAUUCUUGCUUGAGCAUGGGACCCCUUCGUUUGGGAAGAGGCCAAACUGGAUGGCAGCUUCCCGGCUAUGAAUCCUCCGUUUGUAGCGUGCCUGGCCGCCGUACACUGCCCCGGAAGAGGCACGGUGGAUGUUUGUGGAAGCGAUGGCCAAGUGGCUGUGAGACCCGGGCUGCUAGAACAGUGGGCGUAUUAUAGCUGGAAAAGGCAAUUUCUCUGCCAAAUCUCAUUGUGCAAGAGGGUUUAUUCUUUAGCCGUGCAAAGAUUUUGCUUUGUUGGUUCCCUUUUCACUUGCUCUCUGAGACUUGGGAAAGCGGCUGCGGGACUGCAAUGGAAAAUGAGCGUUCAGCUCAUCUGACUUGCGUUACCAGGACGGAGCUCUGCUGCGCUCAGACGUCCGGCUUGCAUGAAAGCAACCAGCUGGCAUCCGGCUCCUGUUUAAUGUUUGUUUUCCCUGGUUUUUUUUUUUCUUCCUUGAACAUUUUUUGACAUAUAAUCUAGCUUAUUAAACUGUGCUGUGCAGCAAUGCUGUGUAGCACUGGGGAGCAAACACGUGGCCCGCUUUGGGUGUAAUACUAAAUAAGGUAUUUCCUUGCAUUUCCUGCGGAAGAAAAGAAACAUCUGUGUGGAGAGGCACAUUUUUGUAACAAUGGUGGGUUUAGGGUGCAGAGUUUUCUCAGACCAUUAUUAUGAAAUGAUCACCCGAAGUUCGGUAAAGAUCACAUAGACCGUGUGAAAUAAAAUACCUUUCCAUGUGGAGCUGCUUUUCCCGGCUGCCAGGAACACCUCCCUUCCUGUUCUUGGAAAACAAGGGCCUGGCUAAAAAGCUGAGCUAACCAGGCUGACGUCCUCCAAGAAAUGUUAAAAGGCAUUGCGGUUAAUAUGCUGCAGGAUAUUGUGUCAUCAGCUUCUGUAACUCCUUGCCUGGCUGAAAGAGUCUUCCAGCUACAGGAAGAAGCUCUCCAGAGGCUGUCUCAGAGGUGAUGGGAGAACAUUCCUCUAGGCUGUGGAGUACGAGAGACCUGGAAAAGUGGCUGCUGUGGCUCUGAUGUAAAGCAGUAUGUGUACGGAGGCUGGGCCUGGGCUUGGUGGUGCAUUACUGACACCCAAAGGAUUUCCCUAGAGAUAAUGACGUUACAGCCCAGGUGUGAGGACGUAGAGACGGCGGAGGGGGUAGCUUUAACUGUCACAGGUGUGGCACAGGUGAAGAUAAUGACCGAGAAGGAGCUCCUGGCUGUGGCCUGUGAGCAGUUCUUGGGGAAGAAUGUGCAGGAUGUGAAGAAUGUGGUCCUUCAGACACUGGAGGGGCAUCUGCGCUCCAUUCUAGGUACCCUGACAGUGGAGCAGAUCUACCAAGACAGGGAUCAGUUUGCCAAGCUGGUGCGGGAGGUGGCAGCUCCCGAUGUGGGUCGCAUGGGUAUCGAGAUCCUGAGCUUCACCAUCAAGGAUGUCUAUGAUAAAGUGGAUUACCUGAGCUCCCUGGGAAAGACUCAGACUGCGGCUGUCCGAAGGGAUGCAGACAUCGGUGUGGCAGAAGCUGAGCGAGAUGCUGGCAUUCGGGAGGCAGAGUGCAAGAAAGAAAUGCUGGAUGUCAAGUUCAUGGCAGAUACCAAAAUAGCAGAUUCCAGACGGGCUUUUGAAUUGCAGAAAGCAGCCUUCAGUGAGGAGGUCAACAUUAAGACUGCGGAGGCCCAGCUGGCCUACGAGCUCCAGAGCGCCCGGGAGCAGCAGAAGAUCCGCCAGGAGGAAAUUGAAAUCGAGGUGGUGCAGCGCAAGAAGCAGAUCGAUGUUGAAGAGAAAGAGAUCAUCCGGAUGGAGAAGGAGCUGAUAGCCACUGUGAAGCGGCCAGCCGAGGCCGAAGCCUACCGUAUCCAGCAGAUCGCCGAGGGUGAGAAGGUGAAGCAAGUCCUCCUUGCUCAGGCGGAGGCAGAAAAGAUCCGCAAGAUCGGAGAAGCGGAGGCCUUUGUGAUUGAGGCCAUCGGGAUGGCGGAGGCUGAGAGGAUGAAGCUGAAGGCUGAAGCGCUCCAGCAGUACGGAGAUGCUGCCCAGCUGGCUCUAGUGCUGGAUGCGCUGCCUGAGAUCGCUGCCAAAGUGGCUGCUCCCCUCUCCAAAGUGGACGAGAUCGUUAUUCUCAGCGGAGAGAACAGCAACACGACGUCCGAGGUGAACCGUCUGCUGGCCGAGGUCCCUGCCUCCGUGCGCGCCAUCACUGGUGUGGAUCUCACAAAGAUUCCCCUGAUCCAGAAAGUCACUGGGGCCCAGGCAUGAGACUGGUCAACCCAAAGCUAGUGAAGAUCACUCCCUGUUAUGCACUCAGACGUCAACUGCCUUCAACACGUGGGAAUUCCUUUUAUAUCAAAGACAAUUGGAGUUUCA